GAAUCCCAGCAGAACUCUGCGGAUUUCAGGUUUUACAUCGAGAACCACACGAGGAACCCGGACGACGUGAGCCGGAAGCAGGUCCGGAUCUACCAGCUGUACAGCAGGACCACGGGCAAGCACGUGCAGAUCCUGGGGAAGAAAGUCAAUGCCAACGGAGAUGAUGGGGGCAAGUAUGCUCUCCUCGUGGUCGAGACAGAAACAUUCGGGAGCCACAUUCGAAUAAAGGGAAAGGAGAGCGAUCACUACAUCUGCAUGAACGAGAAAGGCAAAAUAGUCGGAAGGCCCGACGGGAGGAAGCAGGAGUGCGUCUUCGUCGAGGAAUUCCUGGAGAACAACUACACGGCGCUGGUGUCGGCCAAGUACAAGGGAUGGUACCUGGGCUUCAACCGCAAGGGGCGGCCCAAGAAGGGCUCGCGGACCACGCAGCGGCAGCAGGAGGUCCACUUCAUGAAGCGCCAGCCCAAGGGCCGGACGGACCUGCAGGAGGAGUUCCGUUUCACCACGGUCACCAAGCGGACUCGAAGGGCCCGGCGGUUAAAAACAAACGCCAAGAGGAACUAA